AUGUCAAGAGGAACUUCCCGACGUGGCAAAGAAAAAUUUAAAAUACGAGUAGAAUUUCCUGAUUAUACAGGUGAUCAAGUUGAACCAGCAGCUGAUAAUACUUAUAUGUUACCUGAUGUUGGUGAAGAAGCAACUAUUAAUUACAAUGGUGAAGAAGUAACUAUUAAUGUAAAUAUGUUAAAUGAUAUACGAAAACUUGGAUUUGGCAAUUAUGGAAGUGUUAUGUUAGCUGAAGUACAAAAUCAUCCAGAAAUAAAAAUGGCUGUUAAAAGAUUAGGUUUAAUUCCGAGUACUAACAAUUUAGCGGAUUAUACAGCUACUACUGAUCUUAAAACAAUUCGUGCAGUUGGUUCAUGUAAUUUUCCACAUGUUAUCAGAUUUUAUGCUGGUCUUAUUGAUAAAAAAGAAAGUCAAGUUGUUAUUUGUAUGGAAGCAUGUGACACAUCCAUGGAAAAAUUUUAUACAACAAUGCAUAAAAUGAAAGAACUCAAACAUCUUGAUUUAUUACUUAAACGUAUGAUUAAUCAUAUUGUUGAUGCAUUACAAUUUCUUAAAUCAAAAGGAAUACUUCAUCGUGAUGUUAAACCAUCGAAUAUUUUAGUUAAACAUGAUCCUGUUAUAUUUAAAAUUUGUGAUUUUGGUAUAUCUGGUCAAUUAACAAAUUCAGUUGCACAUACAAUGAUGAAAGGAACGCAAGUUUAUUUAGCUCCUGAACGAAUUGAUGCAAGUCAAGCACCUGAAGGUUAUGGUAUACGAUCAGACAUGUGGGCAUUAGGUCUUUCAACAUUGGAAAUAGCAACUGGUCAACAUCCAUUUGCUAAAAUGAAUGCACUCGGUAUUAUGAGUGCAAUUAUGACAUGGUUACCAGAACCACCAACAAACUUAUCAACAGAAUUACAACAACUUAUUGUUUGGUUAUUACGAAUAAAACAAGUCGAGAGACCAGCAACAUAUGAUGAGAUUCAAGCAUCACCUGCUAUGAAAUCAUUACCUGCAGAAAUAACAAAUGAAGAGACUGAAAUGGUCAAAAAUGUCAUAGCAAAUAUUCCCAUUAUACCUGAUGAUUAUUAA